AUGCAUGUUAAGUUCCUACUACUCUUCUUAUUUUCACUCUUUUUUAGCUUGGUUAAAGCCCUACCAAUAGAACCAUUGAGCGACACGGAGGUCAACAAGGAGGCUGCAGAGUCUCUAAAAGAUUUUUUCUUUCCAGAAGAUCUCGAAAGAGUCCUUGAAGUUGCCCAAAAAAUCCAAGACCAUAAGAUUACUGGCAAUAAGGAAGAAGACAACAAGUUUUACAGUGACAGUAAUGGGUUUGUAUACAAUAUAGAAACCAACAGUCUCAACAAUACUUUUGACAGUGCAUGCAAAACCAUCUCUAACUCGUUUAUCCCAUAUACUGGGUACCGGAUGAUUACGUCAACUUUGCUUACCUGGAACCGUGUUAUCUACAGGCGGUACUCGGUUAUGGUGUACUGCUAUCAAGGUAAAGUUGCUGCCAAAGCCAUGAAAGGAAUUCCACCUCAGGAACGUGAUAUUCUUUGGGGGACUGAAUACUGUUUCCCUAAAGAACCUAUAAACCCUAAUGUUCCUACUCCUAAGGGAUGUUUAAUUCCUGUUCGUAGUUCUCAUUCUUGGGCCAUUGAAGCUGGGUUACUAUGGACGUGGAAUAAACCUGAAAGAGCAUAUGGAGGAAUUUUCCGUUAUAAUGAGCGACUGGAUCAUAAUAGUGUGGGGAGAGUGUUAUUAUCGAAUGACUUGGCAAUUCCUGUUUUACCACUAAUUACCGAUGAGCCGUACAUGGGAUCAGUUGGUAUUGAUAUGUUGGGGUACUUAUCCAUCAAUAUUCCAUUGGCUUAUACGCCAGAUUAUUACAAUUAUGCGUAUCCUCAUCAGACAGACAUUUGGGCAGCAUAUUUGGAUAUGAAUGAGAUUUAUCUUUUACAGAUGCCUGACUUGUAUCUUCCAUUUACCCAUCGGAUCAAGACUGGGUUUAGUACUUUUAUUUCUGGGUUAUUUUCCACUUACAUGUCUAAAUUGUUUAAAUCCGAGACCCCUGCAACUUCCCCAUUUGUAUAUGAAGAAGAAAAAGAAGAGAAGGAGAGUGGGGAGACGGAAGUCGGAGGGUUUAAAAUUCCAGAAUAUAAUAUGCCAGAACUUAUCAAAAGGUUUGGUCCAGAGGGAGGGGUUUUGCCUGUAAUUAUAAAGGAUAUUUUCCAAAGUUUACGCAAAAAGGAUUUCUUACAAGUUCUUAAUAGGUGUAAAACUCGGCUAGCGUUGCUAGAAAAUAAGCAUUUGGCCAAGUAUAUUUACAUGGAGAUUUCUCGGUUGUUACCCCGAGUUCAAAUGAAGAAUUAUAAAGGAGAGUAUUAA